AUGGCUGGUGUAUGUCAGCUGGCAUUUGUGUGGUUUUUGGUACUUUCUGGCACAGCUUCUGCAGCUGAAAUUUUGUCUGAAGUUGAUGUGGUGUUAGAGAAACCUCGUCUGGUAUGUGGAGAGGAAAGUCUGCAAUAUUGGAUCCCCAAUGUGAUACACGAUGAGAAGACACUCAGGUUAUCUGCUCAAGAUAAGUAUGGAAAGCUACAGCCCUUUCAAAAUGAUUCCAGCUGUGGACUCUGGGUCAAUAAAGAUUAUGAAGGAUCAUUAGUAAUAUGUGCUGAUUAUAGAGGAUGCUAUGUAAAAAUGGACCUUGAUCAUGUCAUGACAAUCUAUCUUGAACAGUAUGUGAAAGGACAAUGGGAAGUCCUCAGUACAGAAGAACUGAGGUGUCCACUGGAUCAAGUGAUGGAUGCACCAAGCCCCAGUGUAUGCUCUUCUGUCCAGAGGGAAAACAGACUUCCCUGUGCAACUCUUUCAAUCUCCCAAGAGGCCUGUCACCAGGCAGGCUGCUGCUAUGAUCAAAGUGAUCUAAAUACCCCUUGUUACUAUGGAAAUCAAGUUACUGCUCAGUGUUCUGUAGAUGGUCAGUUGACAGUUGCUGUGUCCAAGGAUGUUACUUUGCCGCAGCUCAUUCUAAGCUCUGUCAGAUUUACCAGAGGACAAGGAUCUGGAUGUCUGCCAGUGAAGCAGAAUGAUGCGUUUCUCCUGUUUCAGUUUCCUUUGUCAGAUUGUGGGACUCAGCGUAAGGUGGAUGGUGCAAAUGUAGUGUAUGAAAAUGAUAUGGUUGCAGACAGGGAUGUUAGAACAUGGCUUGGUGCAUCUAUCACCAGGGACAGCACUUUAAGAGUACACAUUCAAUGUAACUUUGCAGCCAGUGCUUCUCUCCCAGUAAGGGUAGAUGUCUUCACCCUACCACCACCAUCUCCAGCCUCUAGCGCUGGCCCUUUUAUGCUAGAAAUGAGGAUUGCAAAAGACACCAGCUAUCGCCAGUACUAUGAAGAUGGAGACUAUCCCUUGGUUAAAGUACUAAGAGAACCAGUAUUUGUAGAAGUUAGGAUACUACACAGAAGUGACCCGACUAUAAAUCUUGUGUUGAACCAGUGCUGGGCUACAACAUCAGCUAAUCCUCUUCUGCAACCUCAAUGGCCAGUUCUGGUUGACAGGUGUCCAUUCACUGGUGACAACUAUCAAACCCAGCUAGUGCCCAUUGGGAGUUCUGCAAAUCUGGCUUUUCCAUCUCAUUAUGAACGUUAUAUGAUGAGUACCUUCACAUUUGUGGAUCCCAGCUCUCAACAAGCUCUUGGUGGAAUGGUGUAUUUACACUGCAGUGCUUCUGCAUGUGUAGCUUCUUUACUGGACUCCUGUCAAGCGUCCUGUGGAACUUCUAGAAGACAAAAAAGAGCAGAGGACUUGGUUUUGGAACAAAAUACAAGAUCAAUGGUGACCUCUAAAGGGCCAGUGUAUUUUCAGAUGAAUGAUACAGAAAUGCCAGCCUACAAAGAAGAGUCUAGUGAUGCUGCUUACAUGCUGCAGUGGAGCAGAGCUGUUGUCGGUGUUCUAUGUGUAGCUACAGUUGCCCUUAUUAUUGUUUGGCUGUGGAAUGGCCAUGUGAACGUGCCAAAACCAUCUUUUAAUAAAUUAUAUUCACAGGAUAAUAUUAACCAAGACGCUAAGAAUAAAUUCUGGGACAAUUUUAUUAUUCCAAAGAUUCAACUGGAUCAAUUGCUUAUGCUUAAUAAGGAUAUAUCAAUUGAGGAAAUUAUACAAGCUAUUCAGAGCUCUGUAAAUGGAAAGGCAAUUGGUCCAGAUCAAAUGCCAAUUGAGUUGUACAAAGUCCUGCAAGACGAUAUCCCCCCCAUCCUUAUCAGUCUAUAUCAGAUUCUGAAUAAGAGUUUUCAUUACAAUACUACCGAGGUUGUUAAAGCUGAACUACUGAAUAUCAAUAUUCACAACUUUACUCAUUGUGAUUUUGUGACUCAAAACGAACUUUACUCAAUCCUUCCAAUAUCUGCUAUUUGGGUUUAA